AGAUCAGACCUCAGAUAUAGAACCAGAGCAUCAGCUAGACUUCUGACACAGAACCAGACUAGAGCAUCAGAGACCAGAGCAUAAGAGACCAGAACAUCAGAGACCAGAACAUCAGAGACCAGAACAUCAGAGACCACAACAUCAGAGACCAGAGCAUCAGAGACCAGAGCAUCAGAGACCAGAGCAUCAGAGACCAGAACAUCAGAGAACAUCUCAGACAAUACAAUCUUCAGCAUCUCAACCAUCUCUGAACCAUGAAGACCCUGACUGCUCUACUCCUCCUGGGACUGCUCUGCUCCCUGCAUACGACGUCUGCACAAGGUGUCAACGCGUUGGAAACGUUAACUGACUGCUGUAUGAAAUUCAGCGCGAGGAUCCCCCUUCAACAAGUAGUUUCUCUCAGAACAACCUCCAGUAGCUGCCCUCGCAAAGCACUGAUUUUCACCACAAAGAAAGGGAAGACAUUUUGUGUUGACCCUUCUGAAGCCUGGGUCCAGAGUCAUGUGACCAAGAUUGAGAGCCGACGACAAUGAUGUCAUCAACCACCAUCACCCCCUAACACCCCAACCCCUUGUUGGUGCACUAUAAAGGAAAUAGGUUGCCAUUAGUGACGCAAACCUUGUCAUGCAUGUCAAUACCCUAUCUGAGAUUGGUAUAGAGGAGGUUCAAUGUAAUGUACUAGGUUAAUACCCUAUCUGAGAUUGGUAUAGAAUAUGUUCAGUGUAAUGUACUAGGUUAAUACCCUAUCUGAGAUUGGUAUAGAAUAUGUUCAGUAAAUAUGUUCAGUGUAAUGUACUAGGUUAAUACCCUAUCUGAG